CUGUGAUAUGGGAACUGGAGGCUCUGAAACUCCGGUCUUGCUCUUAGGCUGUCUUCUCCUCUUCCUAGUCAACUCGGUGGCGAGUCAAGACUUGGCUUCGUUCAACUGGAGCAGUUUUCCGGCGGGUUUCAUCUUCGGGCACUGCUUCUGCUUCUUACCAGUAUGAAGGUGCAGCAAAAGAAGGUGGUAGAGGCCCCAGUAUCUGGGAUGGCUUCACUCAUAGAUAUCCAGGAAGAUGUGGGGAUAAUGAAGGAAAUGGGAUUGGAUGCUUACAGAUUCUCCAUCUCUUGGUCCCGAUUAUUGCCUUGCUUCCCAAAAGGGAAAAAUUGGAAUAACAGUAGUCUCACAUUGGAUGGUGCCAUACUCCAAAGAAGUAUCCAACUAUGUUGCAGCUCAGCGAGCCCUUGAUUUCAUGUUUGGAUGGUUCAUGCAACCAUUAACCUAUGGUCGCUAUCCAAAAAGCAUGAGAUCUCUGCUCGGAAACCGCUUACCGGAGUUUGUGAAAGAGCAAUCUGCGAUGGUUAAAGGAUCAUUUGAUUUCCUGGGACUAAAUUACUAUACUGCUAACUAUGCAGCUAAUUCUCUCUAUAGUAACAGUGUCAACCAGAGCUAUUUCACAGAUUUUCACACUAAUCUCAUGGGGGUGCGGAAUGGUGUACCUAUUGGCCCAAAGUCUGGUUCGGAUUGGCUCUACAUGUAUCCACAAGGAAUCUGGGAGCUUCUGCUUCUUACCAAGAAGAGAUUCAACAAUCCAUUAAUCUAUAUUACUGAGAAUGGGAUGUCAGAAGUGAAUAACGGUACAUUACCGUUGGAGGAAGCUUUGAUGGACAACAUGAGAGUAGAGUACCAUCGUCGCCAUCUUAUAUUCAUCCGUAAAGCUAUUGAAGAGGGUGUGGAUGUGAGGGGAUACUUUGCAUGGUCACUUCUGGACAACUUCGAGUGGGGAGAAGGAUACACAGUUCGUUUUGGCAUUAAUUAUGUGGAUUACAAAAAUGGACUCAAGAGAUACCCAAAGCAUUCUGCAAUUUGGUUUAAAAAGUUCCUCCAAAGAUUGGUAUAGCUAGGGUUCAUGUAUGUAUAUUAGCACAUUCAUAUCCAAAAAUAUAAUUUAAUUUCAAUGAGUAAUUUUUUCUCUAAAGAUCAUUUGUAUUAAAAAAGAGAAAAGAAUGAAAAAAUAUUACAAAUAACUGAAAGGAGUUAUGUCAAAACCCCACUCAGACAACAGGAUGAAAGAGGAGAAGCACCUAUAAGAUUAAUUUGAUACAUAUUAAAAUGCUAAAUAUCUAAAAGUAUAGAACAUACUAAAAUGCGUUGAAUUCGAAAGUAUCGAAUUCUAUAUGAUUAAUUUGAUAUAUAUUUAUCAU